GGAAGUGAAAUCAUACACUUGCAUCACAAAGACGUUUGAAAUGGAUUUCCGCAAAGUGUUGCUGCCAAUCCUGGCUAUUUUAUUAUUACAAUUUAACUAUUUGGGGUCAACAGAGCCAAGAUGUUCACGGUUCGAUUUCGAAGAGAGGCUGCUGGAAAAGAUAGUACGUCUAGAAGUCGCCAUGGAACAGAUUAAAGACCAAACCUCGGCGACCGGUAACCGGCUUGAGAACUGCAUGCAUGGAGUGGACAAGCUCACACUCGAUUUGAACGAUGAUAAGGAUGGACUUGUUGAACUUAAGAAAGACUUCGCAGUUUUUAAGACGGGAAUUUUGAAUUCCUUUGAAGAGAAAUCACGAGUUCCUACGAUCUUAUUCAAGGCCACGAAAGUCAGCAAUAAAACUCCAAACCAAGGUCAAAUUAUUGUAUUCAAAGAAACACUCAGUAACUAUGGAAACGGCUACGACACCAACUUGGGUAUUUUCGAUGCGCCGGUAUCCGGUUCCUAUCUCUUCACGGUACAUUUGUGUCCAGAAGCGGGUUUCUGGAUCGUUUCCAAUCUCGUAAAUGACGGAAGGAUACAGACCACCGAUUCAAACACUGACAAGGAGGGAUUGGUUUGUAACACCAGCGAGGCUAUUGUGUAUCUUGAGCUAUCUGGUAAAGUAUGGGUGGAAAUGUUUAAUAGUGGAUCAAAAAUCAAAGAAGAUUAUCAUAGAUUUUCCUAUUUUUCUGGAGUUCUCUUGCAUAGAUAAAGAAACAGUAUUUUGUUUUGUAAUCUUGUGAUACAAAGCAAGACAUAUCUUACGACUGACCCACUAGUGUUAUAGCUAGUUUUAUUAGACAUUACAGUAUUUACAAUGAAGUAUGUGUGUUCUUCUGUAUCUGAAUAGCUCUUGAUUGUUUAUAUCGAUUAUCAUGUUUGAUGUAAAUGUGGACCAGAUUUGAAAAUGAUUGAACUAUUAUUUGCCCUAUUCCAAAGUCAAGUACGACUGACCCUCGUGACCCUUUAUCUUACAGAGGUAUUGCACUGUCAUUUUCAAUGUAUAAGUUUUAUUGCUCAAUUUUAAAUGACAGACUAUCUAUGUGGGUAGAAAGUAAUAAUAUAAUUGUUGAUGAACGAAAUGGUUUCAGAAAGAAAAGAAGUACUGUUGACCAUUUAUCAUCUCUUACCAUUAUUAUUGACACCAGAAAGAAACUUAAAAAAUCAACAUAUUGUGCUUUUAUCGAUUUUAAAAAAGCGUUCGAUUUUAUAGACCGUAGUACUUUAUGGAAUAAGUUGACUAGUUCUAAAGUAGGAAUUGAAGGUAAAAUCAUUGUUGCACUUAAAUCUCUAUAUAAGAACACAACAUCCUGUGUAAGAGUCAAUGGAUACUAUACAGAGACCUUUGAUGUACAUUGCGGCUUGAGACAAGGAUGUUCUCUGCCCCCUUUAUUGUUUAAUCUGUUUGUAAAUGAUUUAGCUGUUACAAUGAAAGCUUUAAAUAAAGGCAUAUCAGUUGGUGAUGAAGAUAUUAGUAUAUUGCUUUAUGCUGAUGAUAUUGUUCUCAUGGCUGAAAAUGAAGAAUACUUACAGUUUAUGUUAAAUGUUUUAAACGACUGGUGUAAAACCAAUAGUAUGUUUGUUAAUUCAUCUAAGAGUCAGAUUGUUUAUUUUAGAUCUUUGUCGGUCAACAGAACCCCAUUUGUAUUCACUUGUGGUGAUAAUACUUUGCAAGUAGUGGAUAAGUAUACCUAUCUAGGGUUACUACUGAAUGAAUAUCUUGAUUAUAAUAUUACCGCCAAGUGUGCUGCCCAGGGUGCAGGCAGAGCACUCGGGCUCGUUAUGGCAAAGUGUAAGUCAGCCGGUGGUCUACCGUAUAAAAUAUUUGAUAAAUUAUUCGAAAGUACUGUGCUGCCGAUAAAAUCUUAUGGUGCCUCAAUUUGGGCAACAUAAUCCUACUCAUGCAUUAACUCUGUUGAAAGUAGAGCUAUGCGUUUCUUUCUUGGCACUGGUCGGUAUACGCCCAAUAAUGCUCUAUACGGUGAAUUUGCGUGGCACCCACCACUGGUGAAACAAUGGAAGUCUGUUGCCCAGCAAUGGCAUAAAAUAGCAAAAAUGGAUAACAAUUAAAUCAAUCAUAAAAUAUUUGACUAUUGCUAUAGUAAGAGUGGUUCACGUUGUAGAAACUGGCAGUUUGUUUUUAAAAAUCAUAUAAAUAAUAUUGGUUUGUCACCUAUGCUAGUGAACUGCAAUACCUCAUCCUCUAAAUACUCCUGUGAUAAGGUGCUAUCAUUAUCAAUGUAAAAGUUUGUAUCAGUGUGGAAAGAUAAUAUUAAUAAAGAUGUUGGUCCUUCAGGAAGAGGGCGUAACAAGCUCAGAACCUAUAAACUGUUUAAGCAAGAAUAUGUGUUAGAAAACUAUGUUAAGACACAAUUACAUAUUAAGCAUAGAUCCGCCUUAGCUAAGUUCAGAUUUGGGGUUGCCCCACUAAGACUAGAAAGUGGCAGAUACGAAAAUGUUCCAGAAAAUUUACACCUAUAUCCAAUUUGUAAAACUACAGUUGAGAAUGAAUGUUUUGUUUUAUUGUAAUGCUUAUCAGUCUAUAAGAGAUAGUUUGAUUACAAAAGCUUGUGAAGUCAAUAACAGUUAUGUUAAUAUAUGCGAUCAAAACAAAUUGAUGUUUGGACCGUACAAUGAAGAUAUGCAUAAAAUCAGUGCCAGAACCUGUUUUAUGAUUCUAAAAACUAGAAAUAACCUGUUGUA